UUGGCCGAGAGGCGCGGAAGCGUGUGGAGGGACGGGCCGGGGCGGCGGCGCGAGAUGGAGCCGCAGCUUGGGCUCCACGAGUUGCUGCACGUUUUCUCCUUCCUGGAGGCCCGGGACCUGCUCUGCGCCGCCCAGGUGGACAAGGUCUGGAAUGAAGUUUCAAGGACCAAGGAACUGUGGAGGCAGCUGUGUCUGAGACGCUGGUCAUCAUGUAAAGCCUCCCAGAUGACCUUGGGCACACAAACAUGGAAACAGUACUAUCUCUGCCGAUCUGAGCUGGAGUUCCGAAUGGAAUCUGGGCGGCCAGAGAAGGACUUCAUCUGCAAAGCCAUUGCUGGGCACAAAGGAGGCAUAGAUGAGCUGGCCUACAUCUCAACCAACGAGUGCCGGUUUGAUGGGCGGGAGAAGUCGGUGGUGUGCACCGUGUCCUCGGACAGCACAGUGCGUGCCUGGGAUGUGCAGGAGGGCACAGAGAUCUGGUCAAGCCCCCUGCAGCCCGCUGCUCUGGUGAACUUGGUGACCUACCCUCGGCUGCAGCUGGUCGUCACCGUGGACAAGCUGGGCCUGAUCAAGGUGUGGAAAGCGGAGAAUGGGAGGGAGUGGGCCUCCUUCUCCCUGCCUACAUACUCAUCUGCGUUGCAGGCCUGUGACCAUCCAGAGGGCCCCUUCCUGCUGGUGGCCUCUGUCGAGGGCAUCCUGUAUGCGCUGAGCAUGCCCCAGCUGCAGCUGCUCUCCAGGACCAGUGUGUUUCCGAGCAGCCCCACCAGUCUCCUCUGCUCUCCUGACUGCCAGUGGGUGUUUGCUUCGACCCAGGACUCAGACUUGGGCCCAAAGGUGUUCCACACUCGCUCCCUGCUCUGUCUGGUGGAGGAUGAGCCUCCUGUCUCCACCACUCUCCCCAUCUGGCUGACUUCCAGAGCCUGCUGGGCCCCUGACGAGACAGCCAGGCUGAUGGUGAUGCACAGAAACAAUGAUAGCAGGCAGCUGGCCAUCAGCACCUACGAGCUGGGGGCCAAGCAGUCCCAGGAAGGAGUGGACGUUGUGGUACAACAGAUUGCAAGUUUCCUCCUGCCAGACACCAUGACACCUCCUCACCUCAUGAAAGGCCAUGGCUCUCAGUUGAUCCUGCUGGUGUCGGGGUCGGAGCUGGUGCUCUUCACCAUCCAGGGCCUGCAGCUGGCAGCCUUCCAGGACCACCAGAAGCCCGUCACAUCCCUGUGGGUGGACCAGAGCCGAGUCCUCACUGCUUCCUUCGACCUCUCCCUGCGGGUCUACGUGUGGAAUAAGGAAAAUAAGUUUCCCGUCCUCAAGAGCUGCUAUCACCUGCUCGGGGGCUCCCACAGAUGGGCCAGUGGAUUCACCCAUGUGGAAAGUGACAGUAUGAGCAUUGUAGGUGUGGAAGCCAGGAGCAUCGGGACGAGUAUCCUGAGGUCAUAUUGCUUCAACAUGCAGCAUGGCUCAGAUGAUUGUGUCAAUUGAAGAUAAUCUCAUUUUGGUGAAAAGCUUGUCUACAUACAAACUAAAUGAUUAUUUUAUCAACACUGGCAAAGGAAUGAGCAAUUCUCAAAUGCCUCUUAUGGGCCAGGCACUGUGUUAUGUGACUUUCUUUUUAAAUCCUCGCAACAAGUCAAUGAAGGACAUAUGAUGUCUCUAUUUUUCAGACAAGGAGCAUGACCAGUAACAGAGACCCAUUAUUGGCCUCUUGUCUGGCUGCCAUGCCACCUGCCCAAGCUUAUUCAGACAGUAAGUGGGAGAGAGGAGUGGAUGUAAGAAGGUCCAUGUUCGAGGUACUAGACUUGUAUCCUGAUUGUUUUGUUGUUCAGAUAUGUAGUGAAGUAAGGAAAUGUCCUAUUCUGUUACAUGCUUUAGACACGCAUUAAUAAAUAGUUGUGUGGUGCCACACUGCAGAACUGUAGGGACACCAUUUUGUACUCUGUGCAAGUGGCAUCCCCGGAGUUGGUCCACAGAGAGGCCCCGGCUGCUUUGGUGGGCAUAUCAUUAGAGUUCUCAACUGCAAGCAACAGGAUAGAAAGCUAACACCAAGAAAGGAAUUUACUGGAAGGAAAUAGAGCAGUGCACCAGGUCAGUGGGAAGGCUGGAGGAACAGAUGUGGAACCACAGGAAGCAGAGCAGCGGGCAGCAGCCAGGGCCCGUUCCAGCAAGGUCUUGCCUGCCGUCAUUCUCCCCGAGUGCUCCCAUGGUGCUGCCGCUGUCUGAAAACGUCCCAGCUGCCCCGAUGCUCAAAACACCAGGAUGUGUGUGUGACUUUCUGACUUCACCACAUGCCCACACCACCUGGGCCAGGAUGGGAGAGAGCGACCCCUUCAGCUUCAGUUGAGAGGCUCCCAGUCGACUUGCACUGUGAAAAAUUCUUCAAAAAUAAGAAGCAUUCUUGAGAAACAGACAAUGAGGAUGAGAAACUCUUUACUACAACCUGUGGCUUCAGCUGUCCAGUACCACAGCCCCUUCUUCCUGAUACUUUAUACCCAACAGAGCACCUGUGCCCCACAUAGACAAACCCAGAUACAGCCAUUUCCUCAAAAGGAAAAAAUCUAUAGCCUACCCCGCCCUUUAAAAAUCUAAGAUAAGGUUUAUUUUGGGAUAAUUUUAGGUUUACAGAAAAGUGGCAAAGGCAGUGCCGCAGAUUCCAUAUACCUUUUGCCCAGCCUCCCCUGGUGUGAAUAGCUUACUUACAUAACAUAAGAUAUUUGGAAACCCAAGGUCUUUGUCACCUUGAAGUCAGAACUCUGUUAAUCCUAUUACAGUCCUAUCUGGUACUCAGUGGUCCUAGUGCAUCCUGCAUACAGCCAUGGGGGAAAGGGAGAGGAGACAAGAAAUUAGCUAAAAUAAACACACGUGACACGGCAAGAAAGGAAAUAGCUGUUUGAGAAGAUGAAGGGGAAGUUCAGGUAAGUUGAGAUACAGGAGUUUUUGGUGAAGACACAUGGAAAGAGUCUGGAGUGUUGGCAAAAGGGGAGGUCAGAUAAGGGAAUGGUGAGUGUAUGGGCCACCUGAGAGGCGUGGACAUGUGGUGCCUGGGAAAGCAGUGUGGUCAGUUCUUAGGGAAGGCAGCCAGCCAGAGCCUGGCAUGUGCUGGCUGCAGCAUUAGAGUGGUGUCAUGUCUGGCUAUGGUGGCCCUGCCCAAGGAGAGCUCUGUGGACCCCUGCUUUGGGUGUGAUGUGGGAAGCUUGGGAGGGAGUCAUAAUGGGAGCAUAGGAAGCUCUUGUGGAAGGUGUGUGUGUUGAGUCUGGCAGACAGGCUCCUCAUGGGAAAGCAAGGUCUGUGAGGUGUGAUACCAUGACCUGGGGGAAACACAAAGGACUCACGUCCUCUAAAUCCAAGUUCUGAGGCGUCUUUCUCAUAUGGCAAGGACUGCUGCUGCUGAGGGAGCACGAAGGCCUCAGUGGCACCUCUGAUUCCUGCCAGCAGGCAGAUCUCAGCCUUCCUCUGAGCCUCUUACUCCAGGUGCAGGCCAAGAUACUCUGUAUUAAGUAGAAAUAGAACACAUUGAAGAAUUUUCCCUAGUACUUGGCCACAAGUGAAGUCUUAACAAAUUCCAAAAUACUAAUUGCUAACUAUAAAAUUCCUUUUUGAAAAGAUAGUCACGCCAAAUACACACACACACCAUUAAAAUUCACUUUUAAAUAGAAAAUCUAAGCAGAAAUGAUGAAAUAUCAAAAUAAUAGAAGAUAAUUUUCUUAACUGGAUAAAAGGAAUAUGAAAGACUGCAAACAUGCUUAAUGAUAGGUAAUCACAAACAUUUCUACUGAUGUUAGAAACAAGGUAAGUACGACAUUGAUCACCACCAUGAUGAGUAUUGCCCUGGGUGUACUACUAAAUGUAAUACUUUUUUAAAUUCUAAAAAAAAGAUUAGAAAUGGGUAUGUGUGCUAUAAUUUCUAAAUAGUACUAUCUCCUUUAGAAACUUAAGAAAAUCAUUAGAGUUAGCAAAUCAGCAUGAUUGGUGAAUAGGUUAUCUACAUAUGGAAAUUAGUGUAACAAAAAUUAGAAAAUAUGAUAGGAAAAUUAUCCCAUCCACAAUAACACCAGAAACUAUAAUAUCUUGGGAUCUAAAAAGAAAAAAAAAAAACUUUAUGAAGAAAAAACACAGCUUUUCUAAAGGAAGAAUAGAGAUAACCCAUGUUCACGGAUAGAAGAAUUACUACUUGAAAGAGACCAUAUAGUGAAAGCAAUACCGAUAAAAUUGCUACCAUUUUAAAAAUAGAAUGUAAAAAGAUGAUUAUUGGAUGUAUAUGGAGCUAUAAAAGGACAAGAGUAGUCCAGACAGUCUUGCAGAAACAAAAGAGCAAAGGAAGGGGUAGACCUGCCCUGUGAAUUAUGAAGACAAAAUUAAACUUUGUCAUUGAGGCAAGUGGUAUCAGUGUGUGAGUAGAUAAUAGAGGAUCAAGAAACAGACCAAGGUAUGUUUGGAAAUUGGGUAUACAAUAUAAGUGACAUUUCAAGUCAGAAUGUGAUCUUGGAAGGACUGGCUAUCCAAAUGGAAUAAAAUCAGAUUCCUUCCUCAUACCAUGCACAAAAAUAAGUUUUUUUUAUGUGUAAAGGAUCUAAACAGCAUUUUUAAUUAUAGGGGAAAAAUUAGAAAAGAGAAGGCUUUUAAAGCAUGAUUAAAUAGUACAAAAGCAAAACCCACAGCGAAGUUAUCUAUAUCAAAAUUUAAAUCUUUUGUACAAGUGACACCAUAACCAAAAUUAAGACAUGCCAUUGACAGCAACUGCCAAAUUGAACUAAGAGGAAAUGUAAUUUACAGAAGAAACCAAACCCUAAAGUACAGGAGAAAUUCUCAAAAUCAUUAGUAAUCACAGCCGAAUAAAACAAUAAUGACCUAUCACUUUGUACUAUUAGGCUGUCAAAAAAAAAAAAAAGUAGAAAGCUGGAUGAUGCUGAGUGUUUGCAGACACAUGGACACAGGACCCAGUGAUGGAGACGGCCUCAGUCCUGUUCACAUCUGAAUGUCUGGCCAAUCCAAGGUAUGUGUUUCAGUAGUGCAGGUUCAGGGUAGCUGUCUCAGCUCCCUACCAGGCCUCCCCUCCCCCCAUUCCCCUGUUCUGGUCUGCACCAGGCUGCCUUCUCAUUCCCUGCACCUGGCAGGAGGGGCAGGUUUAGAUGCUAAUCUCCUUUGCUCUGAGAGUGUAGCUCUUUGAGGUCCUAGCUCAGUGUGGGGCUCAGUCCUGUGCACCUCUGGUAUGUACCAUCCAGCGCCUAGUGGCUGACAGCCAGCUCAAAUGCUCUGCAGUGCGUGCCUCAGUCAGCUCCAAGUGCAGGGCAGCCUGGUGCAGAUGGGGUGCCAACCGCAGGAGAGAGGGAACUGGUUGAGGGAGUUGGAGGUGUAUAAGUUUUGCGUCCCAGGUCAGUCCACCCUUUGCACGACUCCCUCCCAUUGUGUACAUUUCUCAGACUACAUUGUGGAGCUUACCAUCUCCGAGCCGCCUCCUGCUAAGAACAAAGGCAUCCUUACUCUGCAAAUGUGACCAGAUUCCCAGAGUUGAUGAUGACCUGUUCUGGAUGCCUAUGGCAAGAGCACUAGUGAAAUGAGCAAGAGUCCCUCUGCUGGAUUCCCUUUAAGCAGCAUUUUGGGCUAUCUGGGUUGCUUAUUUGGUGGGGUGACCCAGAUCUUCGUCCCCAAGGUGAUGGUUGUGGUGGUUUCCCUUGCUCAUUGAGUCAUUGCUGCUAAGUCACUGCUAAGAGAUACCCAGUUACUUACCUAGGUUGUAGACACACACCACUCUACUCGAUUAUCUACUAGCAACCUUAGUCCCUGAUGUUUGUCAGUUACAAUCCCAGUUUUUGCCUGUUGGGCCACUGGCCAAGAACAAAAAAGAGUCAGAUGGUAGUCAUAGCUUCCCCUUAAAAGGAAUGCUUGCUGUGACCCUGAAAGAAUUGUCUCCACUCCUAUCUCCAGGAGCUAGGACCUAUCUAUAAUCCCUGAGAGCCCAAGGUUGUAUGAAUAGGAAACAAAAUAUGCAGGGUUGCUGGCUGUCGUAAUAGAUGGGGCCACUCCCACACCCGUUGGGUCUCAGACUCCUGGGUGGAAGGGCACAUCCUGGGUGGAAGAUGGUAUCCAGGCCAUAUUAAGUAUUGACCCCUGGCCAGCACCUUAGUGGAACUGUCAGUAGUCCGUGUCACCAUCAUAUCAGGCCAGUCAAUCCUGGAUGAUGGGUAUGGGACAAGACCAGUGCAUUCCAUAGUCAUGAGCUCAUGGUCACACCUCUGGUGUGAAAUGGGUCCUUCGUUCUGAGGCAGUACCGUGGGAUAUCACAGGUAAGGCAUUCUCUAAGUCUUUGGGUGAUGGUGUUGGCAGAAGCAUAGGCAGGUGUCAUAAGGACAAAAUACUGACCCAGGAUUAAUGGUGCCAAGUUGAUAGCAUCAGUCUGCUAUCCAUUAGACAGGCCUUCAGCUAUGGUGGUAAGGUGCGUCUUGAUAUAGGAAGUCCUUGCCAUUGGGCCUGUGCUUAGCUCUUCUCCCUGACACUGUUCAUAUGAGGGCCUUUGCACAAGGACCAGAUGGGUGAGAAGAGUCUGCCUGGCAGCCAGAGGAUGGUCAUCUUGUUACCGUAUUGUUGAGAGACUUCCCUGUAGUACGUGGUUUCUGGUGGGCUUUCAGGUAAGACACAAAGAUGUCAUGCUGUUUGCCCUCCUCCAACUUCCUCGGACUUCCAGUUUGACCUUUCUAGGGCCCUAACCAGGCAAGCCAUCUGCCACUGUCAAAAGUCCAUGUAUCUCUGUACCUUCAGUCAUUUUCUUUCUUAGAAAUGACUGAGCCACUCUCAGCUUGGUACAUUUGAAGGACUUCCUUUCAAAUGUCUUCCAAGGACAUCCCAAGUGGUGCUAUGAGGAGGCAACAUGCAGCAGCAGGCCGUUUCUGCCAACAUGACAAGCCAGCCUGGUUGUGAUUCACUCUGAGUCCUUUUCUUGUGCCGGUUAGUCGUAGGAACCCCCCAUGAAGCAUGGGUGCUGUCGAGGGGAGAGGCAGCACAGGUAGGAGUCUGGGUCACAUGUUCUGUGAUUCACUUGGGCCUUAUGGCCACGCUUGGGUCCAGUCCCAAACAGGCCAGUACCAUUGCACAAUAGCUCAGUGCUGUGCACACCGAAUUCUAUGAUGGGUGGAUCAGAUCCCAUCUAGUUUAUGAUGGGAAACUGAUCAAUUCUCACUUUGUGUCCUGCUGUUGGGUGAUCUCUUGCUACCAGGGCACAGGAGCUGCUCUUCACGUGACUGGUUCUCAUCCCUAGAAGGCACCGAUUUACUCUAGAAUCCUACCCUUCUGUUCUGUCCCUGGUGUUGGAGCUUUCCAGAUUCCAGACAACAUCCUAACCAAUCACAGAUCUUGCUAGCACCUUCUGACCUGCUGAGUUCUAGGAUCAAGAAGGAGGGUGGGGCACCUGGGUGGCUCAAGUCGUUCAGCAUCUGCCUUUGGCUUAGGUCAUGAUCCCAGGGUCCUGGGAUCGAGCCCCACAUCGGGCUCCCUGCUCGGCGGGCUCCCUGCUUCUCCCUCUCCCACUCCCCCUGCUUGUGUUCCCUCUCUCGCUGUCUCUCUGUCAAAUAAAUAAAAUCUUAAAAACAAACAAAAAAACAUCUUGUGCCACAGCUAGGAUCUGCUGGAGAGCCUACUCUGGCUCUGGGCCCCUGAGAAUUUGGCAGCCUCUGGGGUCGCCCAAUAAAUGAGUCAGAGGAGUAUUCCCAACUUUGGUACUUGUUGCGUCCAAAUUCAAAUUCCAAAGAGACCCACAAAAUGUUAUUUUCAUUGUUUUUGUUUAAGUGGGGGGAGACUUGAAGUGCCGCAGCUUGUCCUUCACCUGAGAAGAAACAUCUUGACAUGCCCUUGACCUUCCCAGUGCACAUUUACCCUGACAAAUGGCCACAGGGUUUGUCUACAUACCUUCCCAGUAUGUAGACAUCACGUCUACAACUCCUUUGAGAAAUGACUGAAGGAAUAUUUACUGUGUACAUUUGCGAUGGGAGUUACAGGAAUGUUACUGAAGGGGAACUGACCUUCCUUUCAUUGAGUGUGCUCUGGGUCUACAUUUAGAGCUGGGAACUGGGUGUGGGGUCCCAAUGUUCCAUCCAGGUGGAAGGCAACUAGUUCAUUAUUCUUUUUUUUCCCCCUCUUUAUAUAAAUAAACUAGCAUCCUAGGGAAUUGUGGUGUAACAGCCACUGCCUCAGAUCCCUGCAGGUCAAACCAUCUUGAUUGCCAUUCUGACUCUGCCCGUCCUUAGUCUGCUGGGGUGGCCUUGGAUAUUUUUACUCAAGUAAAAAUCGUGAAUCAAAGGUGAGUGCCCCAUGUAAAUAAAGAUCUCUCUGGUCUUAUAUUCUCCCUUCCCUCAUCGAACACCAAGAUCCACUUUUACGCACACUCCCCAGGCUCUAUUAUUAGGUCCUGUAAUUCCUUUGUUAUGUAGGCACUUUUUCCUCAAAGCAGGGUUUGUAUUUCUCUCUCCAGGCUCUGCUGGUACCUGACUCUUGAUAUCAACCUAGAGGCAAUGAGGAGUAGGGGGUAGGUCCUGAGGAGGCCAAACAUCAUCAUUCAAGGCAUCCACCUCAGGUGAGGCUAACAUGGAAGGGGCUGUUUCUGCCACCAGGAAGGAUUCAGAGAAAUGGGUGUGUAUGUCACGAUUCUCAGAUUGUCCACCAAAAUAUCCCAACCCAUAUAUUAGAGUAUUACUCAUCCUGCAUUUGGGCCUGAUUUUCACAUAAGACAUGCUGAGGCUGUACAUGCAGACUCCUUUGCAUUCUGCCCUGUGCUGACAGAAAAGAUUCUCUGGUCUUCAGAUUUUUUCUGAAGUUGGAGGAUGACUAUCAUUUACUUAUUGUAAACUGACAUGCUGUUGAAUUUCAUCCAAGUGCUAGAGGGGAAACUAAUUUGGGUAGGUCACUGAAAGAGAAACAAGAGUACUGGAGAAUCUAAGAAAGUACACAGUUUCCUUCCCAGUAUGGACAUCACGUCUACAACUACAGAAGAUAUUUUCUUUGCAAGUACACAGAGAACAUUUUAAAAGAAAACAUAUAUACUGGGAAGUAAAUCAAGUCUCAAUAAAUGUUAAUAUUAUUAAAAGUAUGUUAUCUGGCCACGUAAAAUUAUUUUAGAAAUAAAUGACAAAAAUAUCAGAAAUUUUCGUGUAUUGAAGUUUUAAAAAUCUAUUUUCUAUUUUUUUCCUUUUAUUUAAAUUCAAUUAGCCAACAUAAGGUACAUAAUUAGUUUUUGGUGUAGUGUUCAAUGAUUCACCUAGUGCUCAUGACAUCACACGCCCUCCUUAAUGCCCAUCAUCCCCCAACCCAGCUCCUUUUCCACAACCAUCAGUUUGUUUCCCAGAGUCAAGAGUGUCAUGGUUUUUCUCCCUCUCUGAUUUCUUCCCAUUCAGUUUUCCCUCCCUUCCCCUAUGAUCCUCUGCACUAUUUCUUAUAUUCCACAUAGGAGUGAAACCAUAUGAUAAUUGUGUUUCUAUGAUUGACUUAUUUCACUUAGCAUAAUACCCUCCAGUUCCAUCCAUGUCAAUGUAAUGGUAGGUAUUCGUUUUCUGAUGGCUGAGCAAUAUUCCAUUGUAUAUAUGAACCAUGUCUUCUUUCUUCAUCUGUCGAAGGGCAUCUCGGCUCCUUCCACUGUGGACAUUGCUGCUAUGAACAUUGGAGUGCAGGUGCCCCUUCAUUUCACUACAUCUGUAUCUUUGGGGUAAAUACCCAGUAGUGCAAUUGCUGUGUCAUAGGGUAGCUCCAUUUUUAAUGUCUUGAGGAACCUCCAUACUGUUUUCCAGAGUGGCUGUACCAGCUUGCAUUCCCACCAACAGUGUAAGAGGGUUCCCCUUUCUCUGAAUCCUCACUAACAUUUGCUGUUCCCUGUCUUGUUAAAUUUAGUCAUUCUGACUGGUGUGAGGUAGUAUCUCAUUGUGGUUUUGAUUUGUAUUUCCCUGAUGACAAGUGAUGUGGGGCUUUUUUUCAUGUGUCUGUUGGCAAUUUGUAUGUCUUCUUUGGAGAAGUGUCUGUUUAUGACUUCUGCCCAUUUCUUGACUGGGUUAUUUGUUUUAUGGGUGUUGAGUUUGAUAAAUUAUUUAUAGAUCUUGGAUACCAGCCCUUUAUCUGAUAGAUACUGUGUCUUGCAGGAAGUUGCUGCGACUGAGGUUGAAGACCUUACUGCCUGUGUUCUCCUCUAGGAUUUUGAUGGAUUCCUGUCUCAGACUUAGGUCUUUCAUCCAUUUUGAGUUCAUCUUUGUGUGUGGUAUAAGGAAAACGUCCAGUUUCAUUCUUCUACAUGUGGCUGUCCAAUUUUCCCAGCACCAUUUAUUGAAGAGACUGUCUUUUUUCCGUUAGAUAUUCUUUCCUGCUUUGUCAAAGAUUAGUUUACCAUAGAGUUGAGGGUCCAUUUCUGGGCUCUCUAUUCUGUUCCAUUGAUCUCUGUGUGUCUGUUUUUGUGCCAGUAACAUACUAUCUUGAUGAUUACAGCUUUGCAAAAUAGCUUGAAGUCUGGCAUUGUGUUGCCACCAGCUUUGGUUUUCUUUUUCAACAUUCCUCUGGCUAUUUGGGGUCUUUUCUGGUUCCAUACAAAUUUCAGUAUUAUUUGUUCCAGGUCUGUGAAAACUGUCGAUGGUAUUUUGAUAGGGAUUGCACUGAAUGUGUAGACUGUUCUGGGUAGCAUAGAAAUUUUAACAACGUUUAUUCUUCCAAUCCAUGAACAUGGAAUGUUUUUCCAUCUCUUAAUGUCUUCCUCAAUUUCUUUCAUAAGUGUUCUGUGGUUUUUAGAGUACGGAUCCUUCACCUCUUUGGUUAGGUUUAUUCCUAGGUAUCUUACGGUUUUUGGUGCAAUUGUAAAUGGAAUCGAUUCCUUAAUUUCUCUUCUUUUGUCUCAUUGUUAGUAUAUAGAAAUGCAACUGAUUUCUCUGCAUUGAUGUUGUAUCCUACCACAUCGCUGAACUGCUGUAAGAGUUCUAGCAAUUUUGGGGUAGAGUCUUCCGGGUUUUACACAUAGAGUAUCACAU